AUGGCAUUGGGCAGUGUUUGCAGAGUUUGGAUUGUGUGGGUGUUGUUGUCCGGGACCCUGAGCCUGGGCUGUGAGAGGCUGCAGUUACUGCAAGAUCUCAACACGGACACUCUGGGCAAACUGAAUGAAAUGGGCGGCCCCUUUCCGUGGCGUUGUGUCAGAGAGAAGGUCCCGUUGAAAACACAGCCCUUGAAACUGGUGAACCUUGCAAAUGGGUUGUCGGCUCUGGAAAAGAUCCAGAUUGUCCUUCAAACACUGAGGCAAACUAGCGAGAUCUACAGCGAGGAUUCGGGCUCGGCCCCGUGGCCCCGCGAAGAGGUGGAAAGCUUCCGGCUUCUCCUGCAUCGGCAGAUCAGAGAGCCGGAGGAAUGCACGUGGAAACGGGCGCCGGAGUCUCAGCAAAAGAGAAACAUUGCUGUUCACAAAUACUUUCGAAAACUGCGACGCUUUCGGAAACAUCAGUUGCGGCGCGGCCGCAUUACCCCGGCAGACCGAGCUAGAGACUUCUCGUGGAGGCGAGAAGACAGGGAAGGGAUCGGGACCGACUUCACACUCGGUUCGAAGCCGUUUAAUGUAAAGGAAAAGCAGAAAUGUCUGUCAUCGGAGAGCAGAGUGUGGGUCAGGUGUAUCGGCGCUGAGAGAGUCGCCACCAACCAAGCGGCCGUGAGCCGGCUCUCCGCACUGUCCCCCUGA